CAAUGGUUUGUGAGGAAUAUUCCGUUUAUUGAGAUUCCGGACAAACAUAUAGAAGACGUGUAUUACUAUCGGUGGUCAUCACUGAAGAGACACUUGCGGUACACUACAGUAGGUACGGGUUAUAUGGUGACCGAGUUUGUCACUGACCCGGGUUAUGCCCAAAAGUUUGGUGUAAUCAACGCCGCCGGUGGGCACCAGAUAUACGAGACCCGUUGGCUCAGGGAUACCAGAUAUGCCAAAGAUUAUAUCAAUUUCUACGCCCGAGGACUGGAUAUCAAAGGUAAUCAUCAGUACUCUGAAUGGAUCGCAGACUCGGCUUAUAAUACAUAUUUGGUUAACGGAGACAAAGAGUUUAUUGUCUCUCAAUUGGAUGGCUUUGUGAAGAUAUACAACGAUUGGGUCGACCAUUUCGAGCCCAAACUCGGUCUCUAUUAUAUAACCCCCGAAAGGGAUGCUCAGGAAUAUUCUGCGGCAUCCAUGCAAACAAAGGAUCCGUUUGGAGGGGGACUGGGAUACAGACCGAGUCAUAACUCGGAAAUGUAUGGCAACGCAGAGGCCAUCAUAAAAAUGGCACAAAUGAAGGGAAAUAAAGACAUUGAGAAUGAGUUCAUAACUAAAGCCAAGGAAUUGCGAGAAAAUAUAAUUAAAUAUCUUUGGGACACAAACAGACAGUUCUUCUUUCAUAUGCAAAGUAUAUAA